ACAGUCUCUGGAUCGUUGAAAGAUGUCAAUUAUGACAAUUCAUUAUUGUUGUGAAAUUCUUACUUAACAAAUAAAUUAUAUUUACAAAUCUUUAAUAUCAUAAUGGUGGACAAAAACUGUGAAGGAAAAGGAAAUGUAGGUAUGUUCACAGACAGAAUUCCAAAGAUCUGUGCAGCGGGCAUACAGUCGGCUCAACCAAAUGACCACGUAGCUGAUUCACUGGAACAUUACUUGCUGAAAGACAAAGUGGAUGCUCUACUCAGUGACGCUAUCAUACCACCUGAAAAACCUAAGCCUCUACCACCUUUGAGACGUCCUAUUAAACCAGACAUGAGAAAUGCUGGACCUUAUGGAGAAUUAGCCAGCCUUAUUAAUCCACCGAUGAAAACAAGAUUCCAGACUCUCGUAGACGAUUUUAAGAACACUGCGUACAAAUCAUAUUGGAACCAAGCCGUUGGGCAAGGAAGAGAUCCCGUGCCCAUGUUACCGGAAGGAUUAAAUAUUAAAUCAACUACUUUUGGAAAGAAAACUAUUUACGACGAGCGUUUAUAUGAUAUUAUACUACCGAAAAAUCCUUUGCCUGAUAAAACUCCAUUAACGAAAUAUCCAGGUGUGCAAACUAAACGAAACUAUUCAAAUUUCAAUCCCGAUCUCACAUUCGGUUAUCGAAGUAAAGCAGAUAAAAGAGGCAUUUUAGCUAAAUGCUGUUUGACUGACGAUAAAACAGUACUUGGAACUGAUUCUAUUUCAGUACUAAAUGUUACACAAGCUCAAUAUAAAGAUGAAAAUUAUCCAAAAGUAGGAAAAGUUAUAAAUGCGAAUAACACAAAUCCGUUAUGUGGUGCUGAACUAUCAAAAGAUGCAACUGAGGCUGUGGGUGUUCCCGACUGCCUUACAUUUUGCCGCUUGAACAAAGAUAAGGUGCUACUCAAAAAGUGCCUUGGACAUUUGAAUACUGUGAGAAAAUGUUUGCGCACUCGAGUGUUGCCUUCGUUUUUCCAUGAGUUUUAUUUAAAUUUAAAGUACCUAGACACAAACUCAAGCAAUUGGCUAUCAAAAGAUACAGUGUAUAAAAUGUGUAAAAAGAGAUACGUCGUUUUUGAUUCAUCGUUACUUGAACCGUUGCUAUCUAUGUGGAACAUUUUUAAUGGGAAAGAAAUUGAAUACAAGCUUUUCAUUCAAACAAUAAACUAUCGAGAGCCUUUAAUGGAUAUUCCAAAAGUGUCAGACAUAUCAGGUGAAUGUCUUAAUUUCAGUACCACAUACAGAGAAAUGGUAAAGCCAGAUCAGCCAGUGGACUGUAGAGACAAUGCAGGAGUUCCGUCAGGGAGAUAUCUAGAUAUGGACUAUCCAGUUACUCCAAAUGAAUAAUGCAAAGCAAACAUUGUUGAUUUGCCUCACGAAUCUGACGUCAGAUCUUGCAUAUCUCCUAGUAUUUUAACUUUAUUUAACGUGACUCAUCGAGAAAUGUUCGCAAAGCGUGAACCUCAUGUCAUCAAAGAAGUAUUUGAAAGAGCAGGUGAAAAAUUCGAUGAUAACGAUUUCGAAAAGAUUUGGGCGGAGGCUCAAAAACUUCAUUCAGAAGGCUGGGUUUGUUACGAGACAUUUAGAACAGCUUUACGGGAUAAUAAAAAUAAUAAUACGAAAGAUUAGAG